AUGGCUGUGGACGAUCGCGUGGGCGAUUUUGCUGGCUGCUGGCUGCUGGCUGCUGGCUGCUGGCUGCUGGCUGCUUGUCGAUCCCGCGAUUUGUGGCGUGUUGUCCCGCUCGUGGAGAGUGUGCUGAGCCGACCGGAGCUCGGUCUAAAAAAAUGGCUGUUCACGGUGGCCCAUUCCCGCUUCUUCUGCGACACAUCCCGAUACGUCCUGAUACACCCCGUUGGAUGCUCGUUUACGUUCCUCAGCGACGCACGUCUCGUCCCGUUCACGCCCAUUCCCAGUGGAUCGCUCCCGCUCGUCCCGCUCCACUCGGUUCGCCCCGGCCUCGUCCUAACACUCAAGCAUCACGCAUUCCGCGCACGUCCGUCGCUGAGCACCUCCGCCCACGCCGGCGCACUUCGCCUCGUCGCGAUCCGUCGCACACACCGCGCGAUGCGGCCUCGUCAAGCGCCGAUCGUCGGCUUCGUUUCUGGGAUUGCCGUUUCGUCGCGGAUCCCUGUACCGGCACACGCCUGCGCACGCUUUAUUGCCUGGGCACGAGCACUUCCUUCGCGCGCGUCAUCGGCCCGGCUGCGUCUGUGGUUCCUCGUCACUUGCAACGGACCUCCUGGGUUCUGGACCGCACGCAUCUCUCCCCUGCCGGGCCCUCGCCAGCUGUUGGUAACAGCGCACUCUCACCUGAUCCUCGUGCGGUGCGGCGGUUCACGCAGGGCCCGAUCGACUCCCAGUCAUACAUUCAUGGCGACUCUCGUCCGAAUCACGCCGCUCGCGCACCGACGGCCACGCAAAUGCACGCCGCUCGCCUCGACGCGAAUCCGGCUCGCCGAAUCGCGCUCCGCCCUCGGUCAAGGCUCGCUCUUCGCCGCCCCCUCGCGGCAGCUCGCGGCGGCGCCAGUCCGCGCAUCGUCCGUCUUGGGAACUGUCGUCCUCCCGCCAGCCGAGCGGCGAGAAGCGACGUGCUCAAGUGCUCAAGUAUCUGAAAAAAAAUCGAGUUUAGGACCGUACCAACCUGGACGCAACGCGCUUCGCCCCGCACCCCGUCCAUCCUCAGCCAACCCCUCGUUCGGCACGCAAGUCGACGGGGACGGGACUUCGUGGCCUAUCGAUGAUGGCGUGGAUCCGUCUCGCCUCGUCUCGUUCUACGUCACGUCGAGGGUGGUUCGAAUGGUACGAUACGACACAACACAAUACGACACAACACAAUACAAUACGGCGAGACACGAGUCUGUAACUUACUUGCAUCAUGACGCACGCCGGCUCUGGCGUGCUUCUUCGUCACAUCGCGGCAGGCCGCACACCCUCGCGCACCCUCUUCACGCAACGUAG